AUGAAAUUCGUCAUUGUUUUCGUUGCCCUCUUCGCUUUGGCUUAUGCUGCUCCUGCUGGGGAGGCCGAAAUCCUGAAAUCGGUAUCGGAAGUUGGACCCGAAAGCUUCCAAUUUGAUUGGGAGACCAGCGAUGGCCAAGCUGCGCAGGCUGAGGGACACCUGAACAAUGUUGGCAGUGAAAAUGAAUCUUUGGCUGUUAAGGGAUCUUACAGAUUCAUUGGUGAUGAUGGUGUAACCUACGAAGUGCAAUAUAUUGCCGAUGAGAAUGGUUUCCAGCCACAGGGCGCUCAUUUGCCUGUUGCCCCAGAGGUUUAA